ACCCCAAGUCGCUACUCGGAACUUUGGCACGGGACUGGCAGCGCGCGAGCUCCCUCUCCAUAGGGCUUUCUAGCUCUCACAUUUUCUUCUAGGUUUCACUGACUGCUGACAGUUUGUUAGACAAGAGACAAGCUUGUUGAGAAUCCAGUACCCAGCUUUAUCUACUAUACUAAAACAAAUAUAAAUUCAUAUUUGAAGAGCUGGCAGUCCACUUUGCCAUAAUGAGGCUAUUGUUGUUGCUGCUUUUGCUCUGUGCAAGUGAAAUUCUCUGCCAGCAAGACUGUACUGGAGUGGAGUGCCCACUUCUUAAUAACUGCAUUCAGGAAGUUUUGGAAAAUGGUGCCUGUUGUGCCACUUGUCUACAAACUGGCUGUAAGUGUGAGGGUUACCAGUACUAUGACUGUAUUAGUGCUGGCUUCAGAUCUGGUCGUGUGCCUGAGGGAGAAUCAUACUUUGUGGAUUUUGGAAGUACAGAAUGCUCUUGCCCACAGGGCGGUGGGCGGAUCAGUUGCCAUUUUAUUCCAUGUCCUGAGCUUCCUGCUAACUGCAUUGAAGUGUCGGAGCCAGAGGAUGGGUGUAUUCAGUGUGAACGGAUAGGCUGUGUGUAUGAGGGGCAGAAGUAUGAAGCUGGCCAUUCAUUCCGCAUGGACCAAGUCUGCCGAGUCUGCCACUGCCCCAAUAAUGGUGGGACCUUAAUGUGUUCCCCAAUCCCAGACUGUGAUCCGGGGCAAGGCCAUAAACCCAUGCUUGCAACUACCACAGAGGAAAACACACCAUGGAGACGUCCAAAUAAAAUCCAAAAUCUUUUCAACCGUCAAGGCUCAAGGAGUCACUUCUCCAAACCUUUUCCACAGUCAUAUCGUGACAUUCUGUCUCCGUUCAAGCCAACCCCAAGUGACAUGGAUGAAGAAGAUAAUGAUGAAGAGGAGGAGGAGGACUAUGACUACCCUACUACAGAUUCCUCAAAGCAACCUCGGCAUGACCUAGCCUCUCCGGUGGAAUCCUACAUUAUCUCAGUUUCUGAUCUGGAAAACAAUCCUUCCCACCAAGGCAGGGGAACCAAGCAGGAGCUUAAACAGAGGUUUGGUAUUCAUGAAGCAACAACAGAUAGCUCAUGGUUUCCCAUAUAUGAAGUGAGGACAGAUGAAGCAAACUAUAGUAAUCAUAAAGUGAACUCUACACAAGACACUUCAGAAGUUUCUGAAGAUAAUUUUCAAGGAGCACAAAUGAGUAUUCCUAAACUUAGUGCCAAUAAAGAGAAAAUCCCCAUCUAUAGAGAUACCACACAUGAAGAACAAUUCUCUAUUUACAGAGACACCACUGCAAAGGAGAGUUUUGGCCCCUAUAAGGACAAUAGCAACACAGAGGUUCUUGAAGAAAGUGACAGAGACAGUCUGAGAAAGGCAUCGGAGAAGACCUUUAAAGAAACCACUGACAAUAAUGACUUUGAUACAUAUGAAGACACCACAUACAGUGAAAUAGUCACUGAUUCUCCAGUGACUGUAGUUCCAACUAUGCCUCAAAGUACACAGAAGACACAGAUGACAACAACAGCAUGGCAGACAACUGAGGGCAGUUUUUCACCAGAUCAGGUUUACCAUAGCACACCAGAAACUAGGGAGUUUUACAGCACGCAAAAGGAAGAGGUGAACAUAAGAGAGCAAAAUGUCUCAUUAAAUAAUGUCACAGAGAGCGACCAAAAUCAUGAGAAGGAUACAAUUCUUGACAAACAUGAAAAAUACACUCUUACCAGUUCACAAAGCACCUCAAGCAGUGACUAUGCAUUUUCAGCAGCACCUGACAGACCUUUAGAAGAGCAUGAAAUCAAACCAAAGACAAAACCAGAAUUGUAUACAAAUCAUCCUGUGAUAUUCAACCCUACCAGCCAGUCACUCUUGAGAGUGAAUGCAGAAGAUGAACAACUUCUAAAUAAACAAUCACAGAGUCUGUUUGAAAUUGCAGAAGAAGAGGAAGAAGAAGAGAAGGAGGAAAGGGAAGAGAAAGACAACACACUUAUUUCCAUUCCAAAAGCCAAUGAGGGACUAUCUGUUCUGGUCAUAGUGGAGACGUGCUGUGAAGCUGGGCAGAAAUGGGCCUCAGAGAACCAGCACUGCAACCAUCUACCUCCUGUAAUAAAAGAUGACUCGGUCUGUGGUGCUGUUCAGGAGCAAUGUUGUGCAAGUGCACUGAGAGAGAACAGAUGUUUAACUGGCAUGUAUGCUGCUAGAGCUGGUGAGGUGUGUGAAGAAAACAGCAGCUUACACUGUGUAGAGGAUACCCAAAAGGAGUGUUGCAGCUGCUGUGCACUUGGUUUGCAUCUUCGACGUGAGGGAAAGGGCUGUAAUGCACAUCAACACCUUAGCUACCCUUGUGGACACAUAUUCCUCACCUGUUGUGAGGAAGAAGAGGACAGGCAUAGCACACCUGUAUUAAAGAGAAAGGAGAGACCUAGACCUACCGCCCUACCUAAAAAAGUGGCUGACAGACCAUUCUCUAAGCAGUCUCUGUCCAUCAUGGGGUCUGAGCAUACAUCUAACUCUGUGGAGAACUUGGAGGAUAUAGAUGAGUGUGAGAGAUUUGAGGGACAACGCUGUCUUCACGUCUGCAUCAACACUUUGGGAUCCUACAAGUGUGAAUGCCACCCUGGAUAUACACUGAUGCAGGAUGGACACACUUGUUCACUCGAAAAUGCAGAGGAGGACAACAGAGUGACAGAGGAAGACAACAUGUUUACUUUGGCCACACCACCUCAAGAAACCACCCAGAUCUCCUCUGUACAAAAUCCAUGUGCAGGUAAUGGCCCAUGUUCUCAGCAGUGCUCUGCCGUGAAAGGACAGGUCCGCUGUUCCUGUUUCCCAGGAUUCUCACUGAAGUCUGAUGGACGGACAUGUGAAGAUGUGGAUGAGUGCAGCAGGGCCACACACACUUGCUCUCCCAAGGAGGUGUGUGUGAACAUGGAGGGUUCCUACAAGUGUGUGUUUCUGAAUGACAAGUGCGACGUGGGCUUUAUACACAACCAGAAUAUAGAGUGUGUGGAUGUAAACGAGUGUGUGACAAACAAACACACCUGCCAGCCCAACGAGCGCUGUGUGAACACAGUGGGAGCCUUCAUGUGCGAGAGGCAGAUUUCUUGUUCAAGUGGCUACCAACUGAGGAACAGUGUAUGUGAAGAUAUUGAUGAGUGUGCUCUGUGGACCCAUGACUGUAGCUCGGAAUUCCAGUGCCAGAACACACACGGCUCAUUCCGCUGCAGUCCGAAGCAGCAACGCUGCCUCACUGGCUUCUCUCAGGACCCUCAUGGCAACUGUAUCGACAUUGAUGAGUGCAGCAUUGUGAGAGAGCCAUGUAUGGAAGGCUUUAACUGUAUCAACACCGUGGGCUCCUACACCUGCCAGCGCAAGAUUAUAUUAUGCAGUCGAGGAUAUCACUCCAGCCCCGAUGGUACACGCUGCAUUGAUGUGGAUGAGUGUGUAUCAGGAACACACCACUGUUCUGAGGGUCAGAUCUGCCACAACCUUCCAGGGAGCUACAGAUGUGACUGCCAGACAGGCUACCAGUAUGAUGCAGUUCGCCGGGUGUGCAUUGAUGUCAACGAGUGUUGGCGCUACCCAGGGCGUCUUUGUUCUCAGACAUGUGAGAACACUGUGGGCUCCUACAAGUGCUCCUGCACCAUGGGCUUUUCCCUUGCCUUUGAUGGGAAGAAUUGUGAAGAUAUCAACGAAUGUGACAACAAUCCCUGUAGUCAGGAGUGUGCCAACAUCUAUGGCUCCUACCAGUGUUAUUGCCGUGCGGGAUACUAUUUGAAAGAGGACGGCCACACCUGUGAAGAUAUUGAUGAGUGCUCGCAAAGCAUUGGGAACAUGUGCACCUUCCAGUGUGUGAAUGUUCAAGGCAGCUACCAAUGUGCCUGCCCCCGUUAUGGCUAUUCUAUGUCACCCAAUGGACGCACAUGUCAAGACAUUGAUGAGUGUGCAACAGGAACACACAACUGCUCAACAACCCAAACAUGCUACAACAUUCAAGGAGGAUUUCGCUGCCUGUCCUUUACAUGUCCUGAGAACUACAGGAAGGUGUCAGACACACGCUGCGAGCGGAUAAGCUGCUUUGGCGCUCAGUGUCAGAACAUGCCAGUCCGCAUCACGUAUUACCAGCUUAGCUUCCAGACUAACAUCAUCAUCCCAGCGCAGAUCUUCCGAAUCGGCCCCUCUCCAGCCUAUGCAGGUGAUAGCAUCAUCAUUAGCAUCCCACGUGGAAAUGAAGAAGGUUACUUUAGCACGCGCCGUCUCAACAGCUUUACUGGAGCCGUGUACCUACAGCGUCAACCUCAUGGCCCACGUGACUUCCUCAUUGAUGUGGAGAUGAAGUUACUGCGCCAGGGCACCAUCACCACAUUCCUUACCCGCAUCUACGUCUUCAUCACAGCUCACUCUAUGUGAUGACACUUCCUGUUGCGUCACAGCUGCUUUCAUAAGGUGCUAAGUACCUGAGGGGGUUGUCAGAAUAUCUCAUUAGCUGCUUUGCUGAACAGAUUUUCAAAAGAAGCUUGUCCAAAAAGAGGUUUGAUGGUGCUUUUUUAUGUGUGUUCUGUCAUGACUUGAGACAAAAAAGGGAAUAUGCAACUUGCAUGGACUGACAGAAGUAUUUUGAUUUCCAUCUAAAUAUCUUCUAAGUAAUAAAAAUUACUCAAUGCCAGAUGUUUUUUUUUUCUCAAGCAAUUAUGAUUUCUCGAAACUUUUUCUAUAGUGUCUUAUUAUUUUUACAAAGCAAUGCUUCCUGGCAGAGGAAAAUAGUGGGGAGGAUGGAGUGGUAAAUAACAUUAAGGUUUAAGGUAAAUAAUCCUUAAUCCUUCCUCACACAGUGCUGUAUCCCUUUACUUUAGCCACUAAAAAUUGUUUCAGUCAGUUUGGGAAUAAUUACUGUAUUGUACUCUAAAAUGUAAUGAG